UGUCAUCAUUUAAUGGCCAUGUACAUUUGUAACUGUCAUUAUCACUAUAAAACAAACAUCAAAUUUGUUCGUCGGAAAUUACAAAGGAAACUAGCAGGAAACACCAGGUGAAAAUUGUGUAUUCGCUUUGAUCAAGAUUUAUUAAGACUGGUCAGGUUAACAGGAAUACAAACGACUGAUGUUUUUGUAAUUUUAAAUUUCUGCAAGUGAUGAGAUAAGCUUAAACCGCUAACCCAUCGAUUUAUACUUUUCGAUGUAAGGCGAAACUUUAAAGGUGAAGCUAAGGUAAAUAUUUCGAUACUCUUCUCGGGCUUAUCGCCUCACCUAUCUCUCCUUUAGUAUGGCAAAUAUUGUAACACCAGUCGAUAUAAGGGGAUUGAUAUAGCAGGUAUUGCUGUUUGCCUCAUUACAGGGAAAACACAUACCUUGACUCGGGGAGGUCAUUGGAGAAAUGAAUUCAACUAAACGCCUGAUACCAUUGGCAUGUUAUCUACUGUUCCUUUUAACAAACGCAGUGGACGCCGAAAACGAUAAUGCAAUUGGCUUCACAGUUGGUGGACCAGCAACGGAAGGAGACGGAUCCAGUUCGAGGGCAGGAGGUUUUGGAGGAUUUGGAACGGACGCCUUAUGUGCUCUUUGUAUACGAAUCGGAAAUUACCAGUGUUAUUUGAGAUAUUGUUCCAGCGGUCGCGGAGGGACAGGUGGGAUGGGAAACAGAGGUGGAAGUUACGAAGGAGGAGGAGGAGGAGGUGGAGGAGGAGGAGGAAGAGAUAUUUUUCCCCCGGUACCAUGGAAUCCGACAUGUGCUAUGUGUAUGACCGCCGCCUGCAGAAGACUGUGGUGUGCAAGUGGUCGUGCAGGCACGGGCAAUGUUUUUUAUCCGGGGGGUAAUAAUUUUAUCGGAAACGGUUAUGGAACCAGAGGUGGUUUUGCGCCGAGUGCAUACUACCCUAAUAAUUACGGUGUUUCGUCUGGAUAUAUGAACAGAGUAAUUGUGUCAAAAUACAAGAAGUAGCACACAUAUGGUAAGAUUUAUUAAAUGGGAAAUAAAACAGAAAUUACAAAGUAA